AUGAGCGAACAUAUUUUCCCCCAAAUGGGGGACCCCCAGAACGGGGUACCAGCGGUGGGAAGCAUCGCAGUGGAGACUGCGGACGCUGACGCUGCUUCUAUGGACUCCAACAAUGUGCGACCCCACACAGUAAUGAGCUUUAACAUGGAAAUAAAAAACAGCAUCAAGUACGCCGGAAUCUGCGUCUAUAAUAUGAAUACCAAUGAGUUCUCCCUAUGUGAAUACAUAGAAAAUGAACACUUCACCAUUUUAGAAUCUCUGCUGAUACAGUGCACACCGGCCUGCUUCCUGUAUCUUUCAUGUAACGACAAACUGGACGACAAAAGGAUAAAACUAAUUCUAACCAUGUGUGAAAUAAAACAUCGCGAGUUAGGAAAGACUGAUUUUUACAACACUUGCUCGAUGGAAAAUGAUUUGAGUAAGUUAUUAAAACCAACAGAAGACGUGAAGAAUUGCAUCUCCUUCUUCAAGUUACAAUUGGCUUGCCGCUCAUUCACCAGUAUCGUCAAAUAUAUGAACCUCCUGAAUGAUUACAGUGCAACGAAUAAGUGCCUGCUAACACACUACAACAUAAAUCGGUACCUAAAACUCGACAUGGCAGCCACCAUGGCGCUGAAUGUUCAUGAGGAACAUAUGAUGGCAGACAAGAAGACGAGUUGCAGGAGGGGAAACAACCCCACCCUCUUUACCUUUUUAAACAAAUGCAAAACAAAAAUUGGGGAACGGAAACUUCUGCAGUGGGUUAUGCACCCAAUAAGGGACGAAGUCAAAAUUAACGAGAGAUUAAAUAUGGUUAGCAUAUUAAAAGAAGAUGGGGUCAUGAGGUCCAUGAUACAGUCGGAUUACCUUCGAAAGAUUAGUGACCUUGAUGUUAUAAUUAAAAAGUUAAAAAUUGUUAACGGUAGUGUGGUAGGGAUGAAGGAAGAGGGAGGUGCUCGUAGAAUGGACGGUAGCCGAAUGGAGGGCAGCAGAAUGGGGGCGGGAAAAAUGAAGGCUGGAAAAAAUAUGUGCACUAUAGAAGACUUGGUAAAAAUGUACGACUCGGUCGUGGUUUCAAAACGGAUCUACUACUGCCUAAAUGAAUAUCAAGGAAAAUACAGAAACACGUUGGAGAAAAACUUCCUAACGCCACUCAAGGAGGUUCUCACGAGCCUGGACUCCUUCGUGAAGCUAAUCGAAUUGACCGUAGACUUUGAAGAAUUGUGUAACAACAACUUUUUAAUAUCUCGUAAAUUUGACGAGCAGCUGGAAAGGUUAGCUAGGGAAAAGGAUGAAACGCUAAAAAUAAUAAAAGAACACAGACAGGAGGUGGAAGACGACAUUAGUCAUCUCAAAGGAGUCAGCAAAAAGAACACCGCGAAAGAAGAUAUCAAGUUAGUGGACUGCAAUAUUAACACAUUCCUAUUUAGAGCUGUUAAAAAGGACACGUCCUUAAUUCAGCAAAGAAAAAAAACCUACUUCCAAGUAAGGAUGAAUAAAAGUGAAAUACUUUUUACUACGAAUAAGUUAAAGGAGCUGUGCAAAAGGUAUGAAUACAUAUUACAAGAUUAUAACAAUUCGCAGGAACAGCUAGCUCGUAAGGCCAUCCAAGUAGCUUCAUCCUACUGGGAGCCCACCACAAAAUUGGCAAAACUCAUUGCACAGAUUGACGUACUGAGCUCAUUCGCCUUCAUCAGUGCAUCUAGUUUAUCGGUUUAUGUUAGACCUAUUGUGGAGACUAAUGGGCAGGUGUUACAACUCAUAGAAUCAAGGCACCCCUUAGUGGAGUCCAAUUUUUUAUUAAUGAAUAAUUUCAUCCCAAAUGACGUACACAUGAAUAGGAAGGAUAAACGAUUAAAUAUUAUUACGGGCCCAAAUAUGGGGGGCAAAAGUACCUACAUAAGGCAAAUAGCUCUGAUAUGCUUAAUGGCGCAAAUUGGGUGCUUUGUCCCUUGCACGUAUGCUAAGAUGCCCAUUUUUUCUCAAAUUAUGUGUCGAGUGGGUUCCUCCGAUAUUCAACUUAAAGGCAUAUCGACUUUCUUUUCAGAGAUGAUAGAAAUUUCAGCCAUUAUAAAAAAUGCAGAUGAAAAUACCCUUGUCAUUAUAGACGAAUUGGGAAGAGGUACCUCCACUUAUGAAGGAUUUGGAAUCAGCUGGGCAGUAGCUCAAUACAUUCUGAACAAAAUAAAAUGUUUCUGUUUAUUUGCUACUCACUUUCAUGAAAUGUCUAACUUGGAAGAUGAAUACCAAGGGGCUACUAACAACCAUGUGGGGGCCAAAAUUGAUUCAGAAAAAAAAAAAAUUUCCUUCCUCUACGAAAUUAAGAAAGGAUAUGCUGAUAAGAGCUACGGAGUACAUGUGGCUCAGAUAGCCAAACUACCACAGAACGUUAUCGACAAGGCCUUUGAAAAGUCCAAGGAGUUAGAGUCUGUUGAAAAUAGGCACUACUUUAGAACCAAAAUGACUGGAACUAAUCAGGACGAUGUGCAAAAGACAGACUCGCAAAAUAAAACACACGAUUUGUUGAGCACGAUUUUCUGCGCAACAGACGAGGAGCGGUUCAUUUCGCAAGUCGGGCAGAAUACCACUGCGCUGAAGGAGGUACUUCACGAGAUGUAG